AGCAUUACGUUUUCCCAUUCGCGUUGUGACUGUAUGUACCGUGAAUACAAGAAACUGAUUUUGAUUGUGUGUCCUUCUACGAGCGUAAUUGCAACAGCUUUGGCAUGCUGGAUAAUUCUAUUAAGACUAUUUCAAAUGGAGUCGUGCUACGAGCAUUUACGCUACAAAAAGAAGUUGAAGAAGUGGUAGAUUCAAAUAGCAUAAAAAUGAAGACAACAGGAAAAAGACACAGAAAUGGACCGAAAUAUUUUACCAUGUUUAUGUCAGAACUAAUCGCAACUGGCACCUUAAUGUUUUUGGGUUGUAUGGGAUGUGUUCCGGAAGUUGAUAAUCCACCAGCAGUGCAUCACAUGUCAUCUUUAUCUUUUGGUCUUGUGGUACUACUUAUAAUACAGGGAUUUGGUCAUAUUUCAGGGGCGCAUCUGAAUCCAGCUGUAACAAUAUGUGCUUUGUUAACUAAUAUUGUAACUCCAAUAAUGGCUGUGGUUUAUAUUAUUGCUCAGUUUAUAGGGGCGAUAUUAGGAUUCGCAUUACUUAAGAUUUUAAUUCCAAAAGAUUAUUCCAAACCAGGCUUCUGUAUGACACUACCUAAUACAUUAUUAACAACCCUUCAAGCGCUGGCUAUUGAAACCAUUAUAACCACUAUAUUGAUAAUAAUCAUUUGCGCAGUUUGGGAUAAGAGAAAUGCAGAUAAAUCUGAUUCUGUCCCUUUGAGGUUCGGAUUUGUACUUGUUGCAAUAUCGAUGGUUGCCGGUCCAUUUACAGGAGCUAGUAUGAAUACUGUCAGAACAUUUGCUCCGGCCGUAUUAGAAGGAAAUUUUCAAGACCAGUGGAUUUACUGGGUUGCUCCAAAUAUUGGAGCUGUAUUAGGCACCGGAUUGUAUAAGUACCUCUUUAGCGAGAAAGAAGAAGAAAGCACCGCAGAAGAAAAUAUUCAAUUUGAAGAUGACAUCCAAAAUAAUCCAGAAAAAAUUUAAUCCUUAUAGACGAAAUAUGACAAUAGUGAUUAAUUGUGUAAUAAAGUUCAGGGGAAAUUACCACAUAGCUAAAUCGUUUUCUAUAUUCUAUUAUAUUUAAUUGUUUUCAUAUAGAAAUAGCGGAAAUGAUUUAUUUAUUUUUGUGUUCGUUAAUUCCAAAAUAUCACAUAAUUAUAAAAAUUGUUGACUAGCAAUUCAUUUUACCCCUUCAAAUUCUUAAAAAUGUGCAAUUAUAUUUUUCUGAUUUCAGUUUCUUUAUUUUUAUUAUUAUUAUUAUUUAAGG